ACUGGAAAGACGAUCACCUUAGAGGUGGAAGCUUCCGAUACAAUUGAAAACGUCAAGGCUAAAAUUCAAGACAAAGAAGGUAUCCCUCCAGAUCAGCAGCGUUUGAUUUUCGCUGGCAAGCAGCUUGAAGAUGGCCGUACACUGUCCGACUACAACAUUCAAAAGGAGUCUACCCUUCAUUUGGUCUUGCGUCUCCGAGGAGGCAUGCAAAUUUUUGUUAAAACCCUAACAGGAAAAACAAUUACGCUAGAAGUCGAAGCCUCAGACACGAUUGAAAAUGUCAAAGCAAAAAUCCAAGACAAAGAGGGUAUCCCUCCAGAUCAGCAGCGUUUGAUUUUCGCUGGUAAACAGCUCGAAGAUGGGCGUACACUUUCAGACUAUAAUAUUCAAAAAGAAUCUACACUCCAUCUUGUGCUUCGACUUCGUGGUGGCAUGCAGAUCUUUGUUAAGACUCUCACUGGCAAAACCAUCACACUGGAAGUUGAGGCCUCUGAUACAAUUGAAAACGUCAAGGCCAAAAUUCAAGAUAAAGAAGGUAUUCCUCCUGAUCAACAGAGAUUGAUUUUUGCCGGAAAGCAGCUUGAAGACGGGCGCACACUAUCGGACUACAACAUUCAAAAGGAGUCCACCCUUCAUUUGGUCUUGCGUCUCCGAGGAGGCAUGCAAAUUUUUGUUAAAACUCUUACUGGUAAAACAAUCACUCUAGAAGUCGAGGCCUCCGACACGAUUGAGAAUGUCAAAGCUAAAAUUCAGGAUAAAGAAGGUAUCCCUCCCGAUCAGCAGCGUUUGAUUUUCGCUGGUAAACAGCUCGAAGAUGGGCGUACACUUUCAGACUAUAACAUUCAAAAAGAGUCUACACUCCAUCUUGUACUCCGACUUCGUGGUGGUAUGCAAAUCUUUGUAAAAACUCUUACUGGCAAAACCAUCACACUGGAAGUUGAGGCCUCUGACACAAUUGAAAAUGUCAAAGCAAAAAUCCAGGACAAAGAGGGUAUCCCUCCAGAUCAGCAACGUUUGAUUUUUGCUGGCAAGCAACUCGAAGAUGGACGUACAUUGUCGGACUACAACAUUCAAAAAGAGUCUACCCUACAUCUCGUAUUACGUCUUCGAGGAGGCAUGCAGAUCUUUGUCAAGACUCUCACUGGAAAAACCAUCACACUUGAGGUUGAAGCUUCCGAUACAAUUGAAAAUGUGAAGGCCAAAAUUCAAGACAAAGAAGGUAUCCCACCAGAUCAGCAGCGUUUGAUUUUCGCUGGUAAGCAGCUCGAGGAUGGGCGUACUCUGUCUGAUUAUAACAUUCAGAAGGAGUCUACUCUGCAUCUUGUACUCCGACUUCGUGGUGGUAUGCAGAUCUUCGUUAAAACUCUAACUGGCAAAACAAUAACCCUAGAAGUCGAGGCCUCAGAUACGAUUGAAAACGUCAAGGCUAAAAUUCAAGACAAAGAAGGCAUACCUCCAGAUCAGCAACGUUUGAUUUUUGCUGGCAAGCAACUCGAAGAUGGACGUACAUUGUCGGACUACAACAUUCAGAAAGAGUCAACUCUCCAUUUAGUUUUGCGUCUUCGAGGAGGCAUGCAAAUUUUUGUAAAAACUCUUACCGGUAAAACUAUUACCUUAGAAGUCGAGGCUUCUGACACAAUUGAAAACGUCAAGGCUAAAAUCCAGGAUAAAGAAGGAAUUCCUCCAGACCAACAACGACUGAUUUUUGCUGGCAAGCAGCUCGAAGAUGGCCGUACACUGUCCGACUAUAACAUUCAGAAGGAGUCCACCCUUCAUUUGGUCUUGCGUCUCCGAGGA